AUGGUUAAUCCAAAAAGUAAGGAUUGGAGUUUGAGACUCGAUGAUGCACUAUGGGCUUAUCGCACAACUUACAAAACUCCUAUAGGUAUGUCCCCUUGUCGCCUAAUAUUUGGUAAGCCAUGUCAUCUCCCUGUUGAAUUGGACCAUAAAGCAUACUGGGCAGUAAAGCAAUGCAACAUGCGCAUGGAUGAAGCGGGAAAACAAAGAAAGUUGCAGCUACAAGAGCUUGAAGAGAUCCGCAAUGAUGCUUAUGAGAGCUCCCAAAUUUAUAAGGAAAAGGCAAGAGUCUUUCAUGACAGAAUGAUUUCAAGGAAAGAUUUCUUAGUUGGUCAGAAGGUCCUCCUCUUCCAUUCUAGACUUAAACAUUUCCUUGGUAAGUUGCGAUCUCGAUGGGCUGGACCUUUCAUCGUCACUAAUAUCCUACCUCAUGGAGCAGUUGAAAUUCAAAGUCCAACCACAACCAAGAAGUUCAAGGUAAAUGGUCACCGCUUAAAACCCUUCUAUGAAGGAUUUCAAGUGUACGAUGUGGAAGAGGUAGCUCUUGAAAGCCCAAAAUAUGCAAAAUGA